AAGAGAGGUGUCGAGUGGGCGCAGGACGCCGGUGGGAGAACAAAGAGGGCGUGUUUCACUUUCAUUGCAGGACCCCCCAAAUUUCCAUCUACAUCUCCCCCCGGUGUUCCUCACACGCCACUCAUUACACCCAUCGGGGUCCGAGAACUCAGAGCCUCUUCAUUUCGGCCAAUUUCACUUCUGUAUGCACCAUGCCUGGCGAUUUCUCCAUGUGUCUGUGUCUCAGUCCACCUCCUCCACUACAGUUGCGUCGUCCAUCUACAGGAACACUUCGACCAUGCCUGGCUUCAUUUCCUCGUCCCCCUGACACCCGUAAAAAGGGUGUAGUCUUUGCUGAUGCCCUUGGACUAGCUCUUACUACUGUUCGCCAUUUCUCACGCUCGUUCUUUGAUGAGGAUCCCCUGGUACUUGCAUUGGCUUCCUUGCGAGUCUUGCGUCCUUUCUCCACCUCAUCGUACACACUGGACUUUCAGCCUCCUGCUCAUGACUAUACUGGCUUCCAAGCUAAGCUCAACAAGCAGCAGGUAUGCCUGGAGCAGUGCGCGGUCCAGGGGGCUGCGGUGGCAGGCACUAUAAAAGUUCGUAACCUUGGCUAUGAGAAACGGGUCACUCUAAGAGUGAGCUAUGACCACUGGCAAAGCCACUAUGACCUUCUGUGCUCUUAUCUCCACGAUCCGUAUGGUGGACGGGAGACUGAUAUGUUUUCUUUCAGGCUUCCGCUGGCACCAGGCGCUCAACGUGCGGAGUUCUGUAUCUCCUUCUGGUGCCAGGGCAAGGAAUACUGGGACAACAAUGAAGGUGAAAACUAUGCAGUACACAAGGAGACCCAACAUGGCAAAAACCUUCUUCAAAGGGUGUAUUGGUGAAAUGGGCCAGAUUGGUAUUUAGAACUAUGAAGGUGCUGGUCCACUGAACAAGAGUAAUGCAUUAUGUGUCGCCCCUUUUGUGGAUCAAGAGGGGAAACUCCAUUCUUUCAGCUGUAAGGAUAGACUAGAUGGAAUGCUUAUUUACUGAUGUGUAUGACAGGCAAUGUGAUUGUCAUAGGCUUCUACUCUUAAGACUUGGCCACUUGAUGACGACAAGCCAGUUAACUGAAUGAGAGGGCCUACUCUCCCAAAA